AUGGCAUAUAAUACCAGAACGACCUGCUUCGAUGCUCGAUUGCUCCGCGGCCUUGUAGGUACUACGGUCACCACAUACGACCUUGUCUCGGAUGUCGAGUUACCGCAUUCAUCGGCAGUCUCCCGAACAUGGGUCAUCACGAAGAAACUCAACGAGAGGGUAUCCCCUAUGACAGAUUACGAUGUCAAGAUGGGCCGCGGUUCAGCUAAGACAGUUGGCAAGUUCCUGUGCCACUUUGCAGGGGACCCAAACCAAAUAGCCUUUAUGCGGAUCUAUCAACAGAUUCCUACCACUGGAACAGAAGACGCUGACCACGACACUCUGGCUAGACAAGCCGUUGCUCCUGGAGUUUGUGGCGAGCUUGAGGCCUUCAAAAUGUUGCAGAGUGGAGGCUGUAGCGCCGUUCCUCGCUUUCUUGGCUACGCAGAAAGUAUACAAGGAGAUAGCGACCUCCUUCCUGGCGGCUAUAUUAGAUAUCUUGUGUGGGAAAAGGUCCCAGGGGAGCCUCUAACAAAGGAAUUCUUCUGGGACUUGGAUAUUACCGCGCGUAAAGAUAUCCGCGCUAAGUUCCGCGACGCCUAUAAGAUCUCGAAAAUCAUCUUUGAUCAGUCCACAGGCAACCUUCAUCUCUCGGGAUUCCGAAUGGGAUGGCCAAUUAUCGAUAAAAUCGAAUGGUCAAAGUCCCGUUACGUCGAGUUUGAACUGGCGAAACCAAGUGAAGGAGACUGGUACCUCCACCCGGAGAAAUGGCAGUGGUAA